AGUUUCUCUCCGUCUCUAUUCUUUCAUUCUCUGAAUGUCUUUGUUCUUCCAACAAGUCAAUUAUUUUUUUGCGUUCGCUAAAGUACUUAAAGAGUUCAACUGGGUAAAGCGAAAGGGGUGCAAAGCAACUGAAGCAGUGUCUGAGACACGGUUGACGGUUGCAUUUAUGAUUUUGUUUGCUCAUUUAAUCAGUAAUAAGGCUCCCUUUACUUAAUAAGUAAAGUCCUUGCCAGUUAGUCUACGUCAAGAAGAACCAAAUUAAGAUCUCAGGAAAGAAGAACGCUUAAGCACGUUAAGCAAACCCCAUUUACAUAAAAAACGCCACGAGCCGUCUCGUCAUCUUGUUCCAUUGUCCGUUGAUCCAGAAUCAUCACAUCACCGUCAUAAGGAAUUCGCUCAAUGUGAGAAUACGUAACCACCGUCGACCUUGUCUGAUCGCUGAUUCUUUUUGUCGAGGAGCUAACUGCAUGCACCGAUCGACGACUCCCACCAGUACUGUCAUUUCUGGAUAGAUUAGAUGCACAUCAGCUCAGAUGUCAACAUUCAAUUAGUCCCAAUCAGCAUAAAUCAUCCGUCACGUAAUUGAGAAUCCGCCGUGGAUGCUUCAUUUCUAUGUAAAUGCAGCAACUAUAAUACUUUGGAUGCAUGCAAAUUGUCUAGCACGACUGGAUCAAGAACAAUAAUAAUAAGAAUCAAGUUGGUCACUGGUUUAAACGAGAAACUAAGAAGGACUUAUCACCUUAGACUUAUUACUGUAGCAAUCUCAAACCAAGAAAUAAAUAAAUCAUAAUGGAAAAAGCAACGGUUGGAAUGACAGUUCGCAGAAGCGGUGCUCGGUUGCGAUCUAUGGCAAAGGCACACGGACCACUUCACGUCCUCCUCUGGCAAGCUAGAGAAGCCCAGUCAGCCCUCAUGGCAGCCGCAUUCACUCAGAAAACUUUAUUCAACGACAUUGCCGCCUGGGCGUCCACGGAGAAUAGAGCACUAAGCGACGUUUGUUCUAAUAUUGCGGAAUUGAGCAGUCUUUACACGUCAGCCCUUGCACAUCUAGCUCUGGCUUAUAAAUCCUUUCGGAAGGAGAUGGGUCUAGUCUUGGAGGGAGAGAGAAGAUGUGACUUGAUCCAAAGGAAGUUGCAUGAAGCGGAGGAAAAGAGGAUCAAAUUGAGGCGACAGGUCUUGCGUGCCCAAAAUCGGAUUCAAACAAACGGAAAUGGUAGUGAUACGAGACGGUCUGGAGAUUUUAGUGCUUUGCAAACUCAACUCGCAGAAGCUGAAAGGGGAGCUGAACGGGCGCAUAUGGAAGCAUGCGCCACAUCCAGAGAGCAAGAAGCCGUCAAACUGGUCGUCGUAAAGUCUGCCCUUGCAAAACUAUCAGAGACUCAUCUUAAACUUGUUUCUUCAACUGCAACCAUUUUCGAAGGGAGUCGGGAACUUGCCGGCGAAGUUCCGGAACCACCCCCGCCUGGUGAUCCCAUAAGUUGUGUUAGAUAUUCUGGUUAUGAGAAUACGAAAGCUGUCGUGGAACGAGUCAAGAGUCAGGUGAACGUGAAUAAUAGCUUUUCAUCGUCUUCUGCAACACCCUGGUCAAGCCGGACCAGAUUGUCAACAAGUCGCCCUGUAUCGUCAGCUACUCCUUUAACGUCGCCAAACAGCUCGGCCAUAUGGAGUCCAGAACCUAGCGCACCGGGACGGCAUGAACCACCUCCGCCGUAUAAUAUGUCAUAUCUCAGCAAUGUAAGCUCUGUUAACACCAGUCAACGAUCCCUCUCUCACUGUCUUGAAAUUCAAUCCUCCGGAAUUCUGGAACAUGCCGAAGAUUCUCUCCCCCCAAACCAUGACACCAGCUCUCUCUACCCGAACAUUGAAAUCGAAAACAAUACUACUGAUCAUGCAUCUCUCUCUUCUUCAAUCUCUUCAAGCUAUCAUCACGUCAGUCAACGGUUCAUGACCAGCGCUGCUGGUGGUGAUAAUGAAGAUAGUGUUAGGUACUCGAAUAUGAUUAUGACUAGAUCUGAAAACUCGGUGAUCCCUUCCGCAGAAGACGAAAAUAAUCCGCGUUACGCCAAUUGUGCCGGUAGUAGUAAAAAUAACGAUGAUCGCAAUCUCGAUAAUAUUUCUGCUAGUCCUGUGAGAAGCAAUAUUUUCUAUGAGGAAGCAAUGGCCCGUGUGUAAAACUCAUGUUUAUACUUUAUUGGACGAUGACUUAUUCUUAUCAUGUUGUUUCUUGACUAUUAUUAUUGUUAAAGAUUUAACGUUACCCACGCAGUGUUUAGUCGAUGUUAGCAACCUCAUUUUCUCAUGUAACUAAUUAUUACGAAGUAUUUUACUGUUUAACUUGAUAAAAUCGCUAAGAAAUAUAUAUUAUCCGUUGUCACCCUGAGUAUUAAUUUACUCUUUAAAAUCAAAAACGAAUCUCUUAACCCUUGAAACCUAAAUUGCUUCACAUUUUAGUUAUAAAAAUAGAUUUGACGUGUUACCUUUCCAUUAACCACAACGUAUUAGCGGUAUUUAACCCAUAUUUUAGCCGAUAGUAUAAGUGGAUCAUAAUUCCUAUGUACCUAGUUUAUCCUUAAUAAAUUAAAUUUACAUUGAUCAAA